UGCGUUUCGUUGUAUUUAGUUUCGUUUCGUUAUAUUUCGUUUCGUUUCGUUUCGAUUCCGUUUCUCACUUUAUAAAUACCCUACUUUGAACAUGUAUUUUCUUAAUGAAUCUUAAAUGUAUUUGUUUUUAAUUGAAUUUCACAAAUUGGAUGUAUUUAACGCAUGAUAAAGACCUUAUGUUUUUGCAAUUCAUAACCGUUACGGUAAUAUCAAAGUAAUAUUGCAUACCGAAAAUGAAAUAAAUAGAGGCAACAGUAGCAUAUAGCUGUUUAAAAGUCAUACAUCGAUUCAGAGGUUACAAAACCGGGGGAAACACAUAAACUUAAAAUAAUUGGUUGAAUUCAAUCUUAUAUUUUUAUAUUUUUUUCUAUAAAAAUCUGAAAGAUGUGGUUGUUUUAUCAAAGACUUUAAAUACUUAAUGAUUAAUACGUCUUGUUUUAUAGCUCGUGAUUUAUCAAAUCUAAUUUUGUUAGCAUAAUGAAUCAUAUUCAAAUUAGUUCUGAUUGCAUCCAAAGGUAUAAAUACAGACCCAAGCCGUCUUAUGAUUGCAUCCAACGGUAUAAAUACAGACCAAAGCCGUCUUCUGAUCACAGCACGUUAACAUAAGCCACCAUGCAAAUGAUAACUUUACUCCUGGUCUCCCUUGUUGGAGCUGUGUAUUGCUCCGUUAUAUUGGAUCAUGGUUAUGGUUAUAAAGGAGCAGGAAAUGGAGGUGGUGCUAACGGAGGAGCAGGAAAUGGGGGCGGUGCUAACGGAGGAGCAGGAAAUGGUGGUGGUGCUAACGGAGGAGCAGGAAAUGGUGGUGGUGCUAACGGAGGAGCAGGAAAUGGUGGCGGUGCUAACGGAGGAGCAGGAAAUGGGGGCGGUGAUGCAUCUGAUGCAGAAGCUGGGGAGUUUUGGUGUACCUGUCGUCCAGGAAAAUGCUUAGAAGGCGAACUUGUUCUAAGCAAAGAAUGCCGACUUGGACCAUUGUUUCCAUGGAAGUCAGAUUCAUGUUGCAAGUGGCUUCCAUGUGCAGUUACUAGCGUUAGUUACGCUGAAGGAUCAAAUGGAAAUAAUGGUGGUGGAAAUGGAAAUGGCGGUGAAAAUGGAAAUGGCGGUGGAAAUGGAAAUGGCAAUGGAAAUGGAAAUGGCGGUGGAAAUGGAAAUGGCAAUGGAAAUGGAAAUGGCAAUGGAAAUGGAAAUGGCGGUGGAAAUGGAAAUGGAAAUGGCGGUGGAAAUGGAAAUGACAAUGGAAAUGGAAAUGGCGGUGGAAAUGGCAAUGGAAAUGGCGGUGGAAAUGGCGGUGGAAAUGGCGGUGGAAAUGGAAAUGGUGGCGGAUAUGGUUAUGUAACACCAAAAGUAGGAUAUGGUGGUGCAGGUGGAAAUGGCGGUGGAAAUGGAAAUGGCGGUGGAAAUGGAAAUGGAAAUGGUGGUGGAAAUGGAAAUAGCGGUGGAAAUGGAAAUGGAAAUGGUGGUGGAAAUGGAAAUGGCGGUGGAAAUGGAAAUGGCGGUGGAAAUGGAAAUGGCGGUGGAAAUGGCGGUGGAAAUGGAAAUGGCGGUGGAAAUGGAAAUGGCGAUGGAAAUGGAAAUGGAAAUGGUGGUGGAAAUGGAAAUGGAAAUGGCGGUGGAAAUGGAAAUGGCAAUGGAUAUGGAAACGGUGGCGGAUAUGGUUAUGUAGCACCAACAAUAGGAUAUGGCGGUAGAAAUGGAAAUGGCGGUGGAAAUGGAAAUGGCGGUGGAAACGGAAAUGGCGGUGGAAAUGGAAAUGGCGGUGGAAAUGGAAAUGGCGGUGGAAAUGGAAAUGGCGGUGGAAAUGGAAAUGGCGGUGGAAAUGGAAAUGGAAAUGGAAAUGGCGGUGGAAAUGGAAAUGGCGGUGGAAAUGGAAAUGGUGGUGGAAAUGGAAAUGGAAAUGGAAAUGGUGGAUAUGGAAGUAUAAGCCAAUAUGGUUAUGUAGCAUCAAAAGUAGGAUAUGGCGGUGCAGGUGGAAAUAAUGGUGGUGGAGCAGGAAAUGGCGGUGGUAAUGGGAAUGGCGGUGGAAAUGGAAAUGGUGGCGGAAAUGGAAAUGGAGGUGGGAACGGACAUAGAGGAUCAACAGUACCACAUGGAAAAUGAAGCUGGUAUUGAUUUUUAGGGAAAAGUGAUACAUACUAAUAGUAUGUUUUAGAUGAUAGUUUUGACGAUUUGUUGAUGGUCAAACUCUAAUAAAAGUAUAUUCCUUCA